AUGCUGCAGAGUGCCUGCGCCGGGGGCGCUCGGGAGCGGGAGGCCCCGGCCCUGCCCGCCCCGGUGGGGCCGCAGGACCAGCUGGACCGCAUGUCCGGUUGCCUUCGGCCGCUGACGAGGUACGAUGCAGGAGAGCCCGCUUCGUGGAGAGAGGGGAUCGAGGCCAGAGGCGGGUGGAGCCUGGCCGAGGACGUGCCGGGGCGCCCAGGGUGGAUCUCCACCAGGGUGGGAUCGACCAUCUCUUUUCGCGUGCGCUUCGGGCACCGCGCCGUGCUCAGCCUGGGGUACCUGCGGAGCUACGAGGGGGUGGGAUCUGCCACAGUGGAGGCCUACGGCGCGCGCAGCAACCUGAGACAGAGCUCCCCUGUCAAGACGCUCGAUGGAGCAUGGGCUGACCGGAUUUCGAAUCCUGUCACGUACGUGGCCUUCGAGGGUUGGGACCCGCCGAUCCAGAACUUCAGGACCGCGCACGAGAAGGCCGAGGUGGACGUCUACGAGGCGAUCGUGAAGUUCACCCACGCCAGCGGGCCAAAGUUCAAGGUCAUCAGCGUCAUUUCGUGCUAA